GGCGGGCCGGGCGGCGGCGGGCGGAGCGCUGCGCUCCCACGUCGGGCCCGAGCGGUGCCGGGCGGGACAGAGCGCGGCGGAAAGACAGGAUAAUUUUCAAGGGUGGAUGACGGAACCAACCAGCCUUUCUGCAGCUGCAGAGCAGAGUGUUCCCACACAGCUGAUGAAGCAUAAAAAGGAAGUUGGUGUUGCUUCUGAGGAACUUGGUUCAGCAAAUGCGGCUACAGACCAGAAAGAGCAAAAUACAUCAGAAAUAAGUAAAGACUAUGUAUACAGAAGUAGUGGGAGACCUGAGAAGACAGAAAUGAUUAAAUCACUUGUGACAGAUCAGGAUGAAGCUAGAAACUGUGAACUGUAUCUACCUGCAUCUAGCAACUGUUCAGCAGUGGAGUCACCUGAGGAAAGUGAGGAGGACAUGUAUCGUGAUGCAGAAGAAAUAGAGAGAGAGAAAAUACUACUUCGUGAGGCAAACUCUUCAGAAUAUAAACUAAGUGUUUCACCUGAAAUGGAUAUCAUGGAGUAUUGCAGAAAAGAAUGGAGAGGAAACACACCAGUAGCAAAAAGGAUGAGAAAGGGAUAUGAAGCAGUUGCUCAGAAGUUUGCAUCUAUACGAAGAAUACGAGGUGACAACUAUUGUGCUUUUAGAGCAACUCUUUUCCAGGCAUUAAGCCAAGCUACCCAGUUACCAGACUGGCUGCAGAGUGAGGAUUUGACUAUGCUUCCUGAAAACUUGCUGAACAAGUAUGACUGGAUCAAGCAGUGGCAGCUAAAACAGAAACUGGGCAAGAGGAUGGGAGAAAUAAGUGAUGAAAUUAAAGAAUAUUUAAUACUUCUAAGGAAAAAGUGGAAGAAUAUAAGUGAAAUCAAGGAUCCCAUUGAAAAACAAGAAGCUUGUGAUAAAUUGUUUAAAAAUGAAGAGGAGGAAUACAGUCUCUAUGAAGCACUGAAGUUUUUGAUGCUUAAUACUGCAAUUGAAUUAUACAACGAUGAUAAAAAUGGAAGGAGAGUGCCUGUCUUCUCCUGGUUACUGUUUGCACGGGAUACAUCUAGCAACCCUUGUCAGCUAAUGCAUAAUCACUUGAAUCAUAUUGGUCACACUGGAGGCCUUGAACAAGUGGAAAUGUUUCUUCUUGCUUAUGCUCUGCAGUAUACCAUCCAAGUGUAUCGGCUCUAUAAAUAUAGCACUGAUGAAUUCAUCACACUUUAUCCCAAUGACCCGGAGGAGGAUUGGCCUGUGGUGACUCUCAUAACUGAAGAUGACAGACAUUAUAAUAUUCCAGUCAGAAUGUGCCAAGAGACAAUGCUAUAAACAAGUGAUUUUUGGCAGACAAAUAUGUGCUGCUUAUUGAGGUUUCCAGGGCUGUCUUGAAAUGGGACAGUGACAAAAUCCACACUGUUAAAUCUACAACAACUUGAAAUCUGUGUUUCGGAAGUUGACAUCUGAAAAGAAAUAUCAAAUAGGUAUUAUCUUAAAUACUAAAUGUUUCGCAAGCAUGGCUUUUGUUGUCCAUUUAGAAAGGAAAAAGGAAAAGAAACUUCUGUAGUCUUUUUUUUUUUUUUUUUUUUGAAGGGCUUACUCUGAAAAAAAUAUAGAUUUAUUUGUUUUAAGAAGGAUAGUGAGGCUCUGGGGUAAGAAAGUAAGGGGGUAAUGUCCUGGCUGGUAUUUUUAAUGGUGCUUAGAAGCAAUUAUAGAAAUCUUGGAUCUUGGGAAGGAAUAUAAUUCUUUUGCAGUUGGAAUUUAAUGCCUGCCACUAUUUAUGCUAUAAGAGAGAUGUUACUUAAAGUUUUCUAAUGCUUUGGGUUUAUUUUUUCUACAUGAGCAUCUCAUAUUUAGAAACCAGUUGUCUGUUACACUCAUUUUCAGUGUAAGAGACAACCCCUGGAGAGGAACAUGGCAAAUGUAAUAAAGGAGUAUAAAAGUUGUUUAAUAGUGGGUCACAGAAUUCCUGCUCAAGUUGUGAUAGCUGAUAAGAGAUAACCACAUGCCUGUCAACUUCCAUGUCUGUUCACAUUAUUGUUCCAGUAAUGUUAAACCUCACUGGCAGCUGCUGUGGAGAUCAUGAGGAUUUUAAUUUGUCCAGGGACUUCAGUAGAUGGAAAUAGACUUCUGGUACAGUUUACUCCUCCCAAGAAUGGAGAUGUGGGAGAUUCUGUUUCUGCUUACAAUUAUUCAUUAUGCUUUAAACUGAAAGAAUACAGCAUGUAUCAGAUGCUGGGAGUGCUAAAAACCCUUUAAAAAUCAUUAAGUAAUGAAGCAUUCAGCUUUUAGGUUAAAGUGGAAAUAUGCCCUACAGAGGACUCUUGAAACAAGAGAGUGAAAGCUGAUUUAAUUGAAAUGCUGGUCAUAGACAGCUCACUUGGCUUCUCUUAGAAGGCCGCCUUAUACAAACAGGAUAAGAUGAUAAAAAGUAUUAAUUUGAAUAUUCUGGAGGAGAUGGUGUGCAAAAGUUUUCUGCUUUGUUCUACGUGAAAUUAAUUUAACUAUUAUUGUGAAAGGUAAUUACACAAUGAGAAGAUGUAUUCACUAUGUUCUAAAAUGUGUUUUAUACACAAGUUAACGAGGUUUGUCAUGUACUCAGUGUUAUAUUUGUCAUGUUGUCUUUGCCUUUUAAAACAACUAGUUUGUUACUGAACAUUUCUGGGAGCUACAAGGGAAUAGAAAUAAACUUAAUAAAUUAAUCUGGCAGUA